GUAGCGUGCUCAGUCGUAGACUUUCUCUCAGAGGAGGAGUUGUUGUGGUCUUUCCGUCGUUUGGUGGAGAGACUUGGAAAUUUUUUAUCAUGGUUUGCUGAGAUUAAAGAAACACCUCUUGUCUGCUGCUGUUUUGUAGUCACGAACAUCUGGAAGAGAGUUUCAGCAGUCAGGUUUGAGGUGGAUUUCGGCUGCGGCAUAUAAGGUAAAAACAGCAACCAUGCCGAGCACAGCGUUUUACAGCAGCAACAUGUCGCUGGAUCGCGCGAAGGAUCUGGUGAAAGGGUCAUUGAAAGCAUUGAACAUCGGAGGGUCUGUGGACCAUAAGGAUGUCGAAUCCAGACAACCCAUUCUGGUUGCAGAAGAUAAUAGCUCGAAAGGGCAGCAGCAGGGAUGGACACCAUUGCUCGUCUUUGUUGGAAUUAUUACUGCUGUGGGUUCCUGCAUUCCUGUUGGGUACAACAUAGGCGUUAUGAAUACUCCAGCUCACAUUAUCAAACAGUUCUGCAACGAGUCAGUAAUAGAGACUUACGGAAUCCAGAUGUCUAAAUCUGAACUGAACACACUCUGGUCUGUUAUUGUUUCGGUCUUCCUGGUGGGUGGCAUGACCGGGUCUUUGACGGGCGGUUGGGUGGCUGAUCGAUGGGGCAGGAAAGCUGCAGUGGUGAUCAAUAAUGGCCAAGGACUUGUUGCAGCAGUUUUGUUCGUCUGUUCUCGUUAUGCUAAAUCUGUUGAAAUGCUCAUAGCUGCUAGACUGAUUGUAGGGCUUUCCUCUGGUCUUACAACGACCACAGUGCCUAUGUAUCUCACAGAAAUAGCACCUGUAGCUAUCCGUGGAGCCAUGGGAGUGCUUUGUCCUAUAGGACUUAAUGUUGGGGUCCUCCUGGGCCAGAUAAUGGGAUUGAAAGAUGUGCUUGGAGUUGAAGAAACCUGGCACUUUCUUCUUGGACUGUAUGCCAUUCCAGUACUCCUGUCAGUAUGUGGUAUUUGCUUCUUGCCGGAAAGCCCUAAAUAUCUUUGUGUGAUACGUGGUGAAGAACAGAGGGCAAAAAUGGAGCUGUGCAGACUGCGUGGAACUUCACCAGAAGCUGUGGAAGGUGAAAUGCGAGAACUGCGACAGGGUCGUGCUGCCAUUCAGGGACCUGCGGAAGUAAAAGAAUGGGGAGCAGGCAAGGUGCUCACUUCACCGUCUCUCAUGCUGCCAUUACUUCUAGUUUGUUCCAUGCAGUUUGGACAACAGUGCAGUGGAAUAAAUGCUGUGUUCUACUACUCAGUUACCAUAUUCAAAAGUGCUGGGCUGUCAACAGAUGCUAGUCAGUUUGCAACAAUUGGUGCAGGAGGUGUGAAUCUGUUGGUCACAAUGUUGGCUGUCCCUUUGCUGAACAGGUUCGGCCGUCGUUAUUUGGUACUGCUUAGCUGCUGGACUGCAACACUCUGUCUAGUGGUUCUCUGCGUCUCAAUUACCUACAUUACCUCUACUUCUUGGAUGCCUUAUUUCUGCAUAUUUGCUGUCCUUUCGUACGUUUUCUGUUAUGGACUUGGUUUGGGACCCAUUCCCUAUUUUAUUGGUUCAGAGCUGUUUGAGACCGGACCACGGCCAAUAGCUAUGGCAUUUGGCAGUAUGUCAAACUGGGCAGGGAACUUCAUAAUUGGAAUGACUUUCCCAUGGCUACAGAGUGUGAUUGGUCAGUUUUCAUUCCUGCUAUUUGCAGUGACAACUGCUCUCUUAUCCGCUUUCUUAAAGUUCUAUUUUCCAGAAACAAAGGGAACGAGGAUUUCGGACAUUGCAGAUAUGCUCAAAUAUGGAUUCAGGAGCAAAAUAUAUUCUGCACCUGCUUUCUCUGGCUCGGUGGGAAAUCUUGAAACAGCAGUAGCGAAAUCUGAGCUGAAUCCGAAUGUUGGACAGCUACACAAUGCAGGAAAUGAACCCCUCGUCCUUGUCCUUCCUCAGAAUGAUGAUGUGAAGAUACCAAUAACUCCUAGCCAUCACAGCCUCCCCCUAACUCCCAGUCACCACACAUUGCCCCGCAUCAUGCCCAGUAUUCCAGAGAAGCUGUCUGAUAUGGCACAUGAGGGGCUGCAGAUGCCAGACACAGAAGAACAUAAUGACCAACUGUAGAUUAUUUCUCACUUCAUCUGAAUACAAAAAGAUAAAAAGCAAUUGUGAUAAUAGGUUAAGACAAUGUAACUUCGUGGUUACAUGGUGCUCUCUGGUUUCUCCUGUUCUCGAAAUACUCCAACUUUAUACUUCGCUGCAUUCAUAUACCUCAGAACAAAAUGAGCACUGUCACUAGAGCACCAAGCUUAGAAUAAGAUCAUCUAAUUAAUUUAAUGUAAUUCAUCAAUCAUGAAGUUUAUUUGCAUUUAAAAAUGUGUACUGUUUCAAAUAUUGAUCAGUAUUUCUUUUUUAUGGUAUAUUCUGUGUAGUGAUUGUGAGAGAGUAUUUUAGUAAUUGUAGAAGUGUACAUGUAUUUAUUUGACAAUAUGGAUUUAUUGAAUAAGUGAUUGUUCCAUUAAAAUUACGAUAAUUUAUCAUUUUAUAUGCCAUAAUUUUUUUGUAACUAUUAACUCAUUAUGCUGUGAACUGAAUUAUAUAGUAUGCAGUUUGAUCAUUGUGAGAAACUUCAUCUUGAGUUCAAAUUUUAUUGUAAUGACCAGAAAAGAGAGCAGAUAUAUCUUAAGAUUACUGAUGUUUUAAUCAGUGUAGUUUCAGCUUAAGGCACACUGUACAACAACAAUUUGGGUCGGUAGUAAUUCCUUGAAGUAGCAAUGCAUUGUUACUCUACUCAUCUAUGAUAAACCUAAGAUCUUAGAAACUGAAACAGCAGUAACUAUAGCAGUAACUAUAUCAGUGGCUAUCAAUGUCAAAGAAAUUUUGAACUUAGUUAGUGAUCAAACUGUUCGUAUUUCGUCACGGAGAAUUACAUCCCACAGUAAAUUGUGUUGGUACAGUGGAAAAAGUGUGUAUUUGGUAAUACAAAAGUGAUUGAAGUGAUUGUGCUGUGGUACUAAUUUUACACUGCAAAUAAAUUUUUUAUAUUUGUA